AUGGAUGAUUCCAAUGGGAGUGCAGCCAAUCCCAGCGGUGUUCAGGGUCAGGUGAUGCCCAUGGAGGAGUUGGGGUGUAACUCAGGAUGGGGGGUGAGGGUGAAGGGGGAGCAGGGGACGAGAGAGGACAGGCGGCUGGCGGGGGUGUGUGGUCUGGCUAACAGUGGUAACUCCUGCUACAUGAACGCUGUGCUGCAGUGUCUCUUCUCCACUGUGCCGUUGGUGGAACACCUUCUCAGCUCACACAAACGCUCCCAGCUGGCCAAGCGUAACAGUCCUGUAGUGGGGGUGUUUGUGCACCUCUUCCAUGAGGUGUGGCAGGGUCAGGGGGUACCAGCUUCACCUCUCCAGGGGAUGAGGGCCUUGGUCUCCUCCCUGCACCCCCAGUUCAACAACCAAUCACAGCAGGACGCCCAGGAGCUACUCCUCCUCCUGCUCAACGCCCUGCAUGAUGACCUCAAGAAUCAUCUCUUCGAGGGACAACUCAGCUACCAGAUGCUGUGUCUGCGCUGCGACGGACACUCCCACAGCAACCAAGUCUUCACCAUCCUGUCUCUGCCUAUACCACUGGACUCAUACAAGUGCUCCCUACAGGACUGCCUGUCGCUGUUCUUCCAGCAGAGUACGUUGACGUGUGGAGAUCAGAAGUUGUGUCCAGAGUGUGGAGUGAAGAGAGACACAGCUGUCCUCACCAGCAUGGCCAAACCACCUGAGAUACUGGUGCUGCACCUCAAACGUUUUGGUUGCCAUGGGAGUGAGAAGAGGAAGUUGAGGACCAAUGUGUUGUUCUCAUUGGACAGUUUAGACCUAACCCCCUUCCUGUCCAGACCCUCAGCCAAUCACACCAGCUACUCUCUACGCAGUGGUGCCAAACAUGAACACAUGACUCCGUCGGUGUGUCUCUCCCCCGUCCAGAACCACACAGGAGACCUGGACAUGGGUCACUACACGGCCCUGUGCCACAGUUCCCUGUCCAGCAGCUGGCACCACUUCGACGAUACGGCCGUGAGUGAGGUAGUGGACUUCUUGGUGCAGUCUCCUAACGCCUACAUCCUGCUGUACAGCCGUCAACCCUUCCACAGGCCCAACAUACCCCGGAUCUGA